AAGUCAAUAAAUCCACUUCUCUCCCUCUGGUUAAUUACAGCUGCCUCCUAAUGGCCAGACAUGAGUCAGUCAAAGCCUUCAUGAAGCAAGAGGCCAGGCUGCUACUCGCUUCCCAUUUGGGUCCAGCGAAACUCCAGUCCCAAUGGAGCCGAGGAAACCUUUCCCAGUUAGCUCGUCAUCAUGAGGAUUUGGCAGUUGGUCCCUAUAUAAAGGGAAGAACAGAGCUACAGACAGAGGGAGAGGGACAAAGUGGACAACUGCCUCUUCUGCUCCACCUUCGCUGCGAUAAGUCAAAGGGGCUGGAGCUGCUGAACAACGCGCUCGGACAUGGGGCUCGGAAAGGCCAAGCUGCUCCUGUGGGCCAGGAUGGUCGUGCUCUGGGGCAUACCUAACCUUGCUCUCAGUGUGGAAUCUGGGGAAAUUCCAGGGUCUUCCCCUCCGAGCCUUCUCGGAAGAGAAUUCAUCACUGCCUUCAUGCAGAACGGCUUACAACAAACACUCAACAGCGACUUCCGGCUACUCAUCACAGGCUACGCCCCAGCCACAUCGAUCACCAUCUCCAUGAAGAAGCCGGCGCUCAGGGUGCCGGUCCAGGUGGAUGCCGGCCAGACUGCAACGGUGAUAAUUCCACCCCAUGCUGAGAUGGUAGGGGCCAAAGUCUUCGACAACACAGUUGUUGUCCGGGCUGACAAUGAUGUUUCUGUCCUCUCACUCAACUCCAAACCCAACUCGGCUGACACCACCCCUGUCUAUCCGGUGCAGAGCUUGGGAACGGAGUAUUAUAUUGCCACGCCGACCAUGGGCACGGAUCGCUAUGGAGAGUUUGCCAUUGUGGCCUGGGAGGGCCCCACCACAGUUGAUGUGCAUCUGAAAGGGGCUGUCAUUUUUCAAGGAAAGACGCACUUCGGAGGGAGCAGGCUUACCAUCAAGCUGGAGGCAAACCAGGCUGUCCAGCUGCAGAGCCCAGUGGACAUAUCUGGCACCAAAAUCAUUUCCCAGAAGCCUGUGGCUGUCUACGCUGGACACACCUGUGUGACAAGAUCCAAUCAGUGUGACCAUGUGUCGGAGCAGCUCCUGCCUGUCUCCAGCUGGGGGACCACCUUCAUCGUGCCCCCGCUGUCCUUUGAGAUGCAGGGUGAUAUCGUCUACAUCUCCACCUCCCAAGCAACUGAGGUGGAAGUUCAAGUUGGAAUGAGCAAGAGCAGCAUGAGGCUGCUAGCUGAGAAGGCUGUGCAGUACAGAAUCCCUAGCUCCAAUGCCUUGUUCUUCUCCGCUAGCGCUGGGAUCCAAGUCAUCUUCUUCUGCGAUGGUGGGACCAAAGGAAACAUCAGAUACGACCCAUUCUUCAUGGCCAUCCCAGCUGUCUCGAGCUACUGCCAGUCCUAUCACAUCUACGGGCACAACGAGUUUGAGAACUAUGCACUGAUCAUUGCCAAGACAUCAGAGUCCGUGGGGGUCACCAUCGAUAAGAGACCACUGCGCAAUGUCCUGUGGAGGCCAGUUCCAGGCACAGAAUACUCUUGGGCUGAAUACAGCCUUGGCAAAGGGUUCCAGGUCCAUAACGUGGAGCACGCCAGCUCCCCCUUCGGCCUGCUGAGCGUUGGGAUCGGAAACCAGAAGGCGUACGGCUCCCCAGCCAUUUGUGCCAGUGAUCCAUGCAGAACGCUGAAUUGCCGGGAGAAGGAAACAUGCAGGAUUAAGAACGGCCAGGCAAUAUGUUUCCAUGACUACAUGGGAACCUGCCAGGGGUCCCUGACCUCCCAGUACUACACCUUUGAUGGUCAGACUAUGGAUGUCCAAGACACCUGCACCUAUACCAUCACCAAGUACUGUGGCCAUGACCCCACCCUGGAGCCCUUCACCAUUGAGGAGAAAAACAGCAACAUGGGGGAACAGGACAGUUCCAACCUUGGGUUGACCACCAUCCAUGUCUAUGGCUACAACAUCUCCAUCUACAAGGGACAGAGUGGAGAAGUCAAGUUAAACGACAAGAGCGUCCGCCUGCCGGUCACCCUGGAGGCUGGGAAAAUCAAGCUCUCCCAGAGCGAGAGACGUCCCAUCCUGCAGACGGAUUUUGGGCUCCAGGUGCGGUAUGACAGUGACUGGGCUGUGAUCGUGACUCUCGCCAGCAGCUAUUUUGGGAGCACUUGCGGGCUGUGUGGGAACUUCAAUGGUGACACUGACGAUGAAGAGAUGCUCUCCAAUGGCACCAAAGCCUCUUCCGUCCUGGCCUGGCUUGAUAGCUGGAGAGUGGAGGACUCAGACCCCUCCUGCAGGGAUUCCUGCCAGGGGAAAUGUCCGGUGUGUGAGGAGAGCAAGAGGCAGCUCUACGGGGGGGACAGUCACUGCGGGGGGAUCAGCAAAGCGCCAGGGGGGCCCUUCAGAGAGUGUCACCCCAGAGUGAGCCCCGACGAGUUCUUCCACAGCUGUGUCCACAACGUGUGUCUGAAUGAGGGUGACAAGAGCACCCUGUGCCAGGCGCUGGAGGCCUACGCGGACGCCUGCCGCGAGCACGCGGUCACUGUCUACGACUGGAGGACGCCGUCCGGCUGUGACUACUACAAACCCAAUGAGGAGUUCUGGGCCGAUGAGAACUGCCGCUCUCGAUGCAGGUGUGACCCCAGCCUAGGCACGGUGGUUUGCCAGGAAAGCAGCUGCAAGAGCAAUGAGCGAUGUGUCAUUGUGAACGGUGCCCACCGCUGUAAGGCGACUACCUACUCUACCUGCAUAGGUACUGGAGACCCUCACUACACCACCUUCGAUGGGAAGAAGUAUGAUUUCCAAGGCACCUGCAUCUACCAGUUCGCGGCUCUCUGCUCCAAGGACCCCACACUCAUUCCGUUCAACGUCAAAGUGGAGAACAACCACCGCGGCAAUAAGGCUGUGUCCUUCACCAAAACGGUGACCUUAGAGGUCUACAACGUGACCAUCAGCAUGAGCCAGGAUCAUCCACGCAAGAUGCAGGUGGAUGGCAUUUUUGUGGACCUGCCCUUCUCCCACCAGCACAAAUUCAAGGCCUACAUCAGUGGUGUUCAUGGUUUCAUCAAGACCAACUUCGACCUGAGAGUGAGCUUCGACUGGUACAGCUACGCCAGGGUCAUCAUACCCAAUACAUACGCCAACGCUGUCUGCGGCCUCUGUGGCAAUGCCAAUCAGGACCCCAGCGAUGAUCUGACCAUGAAGGAUGGAAGUCAGACAUCUGAUGAGAUUCAGUUCGCUGAUAGCUGGAAGGUUGGUGACGUCCCGGGUUGCUCGUCUAGCUGCACCGGGGACUGCUCAGUCUGUAGUGAGGCUCAGAAACAAACCUACAAAGGAGGCCAGUACUGUGGGGUCCUCAUCCGACAGAACGGGCCAUUCAGACAGUGCCACGGGGCCAUCGACCCAGCUCCGUUUUUUGAUGAUUGUGUCUUUGACACCUGCCACUACAAGGGUCAUCGUGAUACUUUGUGCAGCGCAGUCAGUGCCUAUGUGACAGCCUGCCAGGCCAGGGGCAUCCGGAUAGGGCAGUGGAGAUCGGCCUCAUUCUGCAGCCUCACCUGUCCCCGGAACUCUCACUACGAGUUCUGUGGGAGCAGCUGUCCUGCCACCUGCCACAGGCCCUCGGCUCCAGACAGAUGCGAGGAGCCCUGUGUGGAAGGGUGUUUCUGCGACGCCGGAUUCAUCCUCAGCGGAGACCGGUGCGUCCCCAUCACGCAGUGUGGCUGUGUGCACGAGGGCAGGUACUACCAGAAGGGAGAGGAGUUCUACACCAGCGCCUCCUGCCAGGAGCGGUGCCGGUGCCAAGGCAACGGGGUCGUUGAGUGCCAGGCAGCCUCCUGCAGAGCCAAUGAGGAGUGCAGGGUGGAGAACGGAGUCCUGGGCUGCCACCCCAUGGACUAUGGAACCAGCGUAGUCUCUGGUGACCCUCACUACAUCUCAUUUGAUGGACGGGCCUUUGACAUCCAGGGCUCCUGCGCUUACACCUUAGCCAAGGUCUGCAGCAGUGACCCCCGGCUGGUGGAAUUUUCCGUGGUGGUUGAGAACGAGAGCACUGGCGGUGACCAUGUGGCUCAGACGCGGGCGGUGGUGGUCUCCGUGCAUGGUUACACCAUCUCUCUGGAGAGGGGAAGGAAGUGGAAGGUGGCGGUGGGUGGAGAGCUCUACACCCUCCCACUGACUAUGGACGACGGGAAACUUCGGAUCAACCAGGAAGGGAACAACAUCAUUGUCCAGUCUGCCUCUGGCCUCCAAGUCUUUUAUGACACUGCCUCCUACCUCCUAGUGUCCAUCCCCAGCACCUACAAGGGACACAUGUGCGGUCUAGCUGGCAAUUUCAAUGGUGACAAAAAUGAUGACUUCCUGCUGCCCAAUGGAAAGAGCACUCAAAGUUUGAGCGAGUUUGUCGCCUCCUGGAAGGUGCCUGUUGAUGGUGCCAUGUGCUCCGAUGGCUGCGGUGAGAGAUGUCCCAUCUGUGACGGGGCCCAGACAGCACCAUACCAGUCCGAGAGCUCCUGUGGGCUGAUCAGAGCCACCUCAGGUCCCUUCAGAGAUUGUCACUCGCUGGUCAGCCCUGCCACGUACUUCAACCACUGUCUCCACGACAUGUGUGCUACCAACGGGACGGGAGAGACCCUCUGCCAGAGCCUCCAGGCCUACGCGGCCGCAUGCCAGACAACUGGGGCCAAGAUCAGAGCCUGGAGAACAGCCUCCUUCUGCCCCCUUGCCUGCCCUCUCAACAGCCACUAUGAGCUGUGCACCAAGUCCUGCGAUUUCACCUGUGCUGGCUUGUCUGCCCCUGCUCAGUGCACCCAGAAAUGCUUUGAAGGCUGCCAGUGCAACACUGGCUACAUGUUCGAUGGGGAGGGGUGCGUGUCCAUGGACUGGUGCGGCUGCAUGCACGAUGGACGCUACAUCAAGUCCAGGGAGAAUGUCAUCUCCAGUGACUGCUCAGAGAAAUGCACUUGCCACCCAUCAGGUGGGCUCAUCUGUGAGAAAAACAGCUGCGCCACUGGCGAGAUCUGCGUGCUCAGGGAUGGGAUGCAUGGAUGUGUGAAGCAGGAAGGCCGGUGCAUGGUCUCUCCGGGCGCUUACCUCACCACCUUUGAUGGUGCCAAGGGGAAACUCCUCUACAGUGGGACGUACAAAGUGGCCUCGCUCUGUGACGAGAGCUCUCCUGCCUGGUUCAAGGUGGUGGUAGACAUCAGCGAAUGCACCAAUGACGGAAUACCAGCUUGUGCGGUCAUCUUUGUUUUUUUCCGAGAAGCUCUUAUCACUGUGAACAAUAACAUGGAGACCUGGGUGAAUGGGCGCUCCGUGCAGCUCCUGGCAAACGUCUCCGAUGCUGUGUCUGUGAUCGAAUCUCAGGGCGGUGUGGCCGUGGUCCAGGCCUCGGGGAUGCAAGUUCUGUUCAGCCCCAGUGGGGAGGUGACGCUGAAGGUGGGUGAGAGCCUGGCUAACAAGCUGUGUGCACCCUGCGGGAACUUCAACGGCGACGUCUCCGAUGACCUGCGGCUGCCCAGCGGGAAAAUCGUGGGGAGCAUCGCCGAGGUCAUCGACGCCUGGAAGGCCAGGGACUUUUUAGGAUGCCACGCUUCUAACAUCGUGCGAACUGACCUGGAAGCUCCGUUGGUCCUUGCACAUUAGACGGCGCCAGCGUGGGUUUGGCCCAGGAAUUCCCACUACACAGAGUGCUGGAGGCAGCUGGGACUCACCAGGCCAUGUGUGUGGCUGAAACCCUGGGCUGAUGUGUCCAGAGCUGUGUGAGGGAAUUGGGUGCACCACGUUCCCAGCUUUGGAUAUCUCAGCGCGCACACACACACACACACACACACACACACACUGUAUAGAGCUAUCUACCGUCAGGGUUGCAUUAUCAAAAGCAUCCAAAGGAAUUAGGCACUAGAGCUGGUUGAAAUUUUUUGGCCAAAACUGCAGAAUUGGUGACACCAAAAGGUUCCACAAAUUUGUCUUGAUUUUUGCCAAAUUGCUCAUUAAGAAAAAAAUCUAAGGGGGAAAAAAAAAAGAGGGCUUUGUCUUGAUAUUUUCCAAAAAAAAAGUUUCAAUUUUAAUUUCAAAAUUUCCUUUUAUUUUAUUUUUUAAAAAUCCCCAAACAUUUUGAAGUGGUCAAAAUUUAAAUGAAAUGGUUCAUUUGAACCCCAAACAAUUUUUGUUCAAGUUUUCAAUUAGCCAAAAAUGACGAAAAGUUACAUUUUCGGUCCAGCCCAGAACAGUUUUUCCCCCCUGACUUUUCAAAAUUGUAAAUGAACUAAAAAAUCAAUUAUUUGCCCAUCUCUAUUAGGCUCACAGACUUUAAGGCCAGAAGGGACCAUCAUGAUCAUCUAGUCUGAUCUGCACAUUACACGCCACAGAAUCUCAUCCACCAACUCCGCAAUA